ACAUCGAUCAUCUGCGUCGCUUUUGUCCACCUCUAAAAUUUCUAUUAUUAAGCGGGAAAGCGAGACGAGAAUUAGGUGUCAUCAUGUCAAGUUGUGCAAAAUGCAGUAAGCCAGUUUAUUUUGCCGAGAAACUAGUGGCUCUUAACAAAGACUGGCACAGAACAUGCUUCAAAUGCUCAUAUGAUCAGUGUAACAAAAGAUUAAAUGCUGGAGAACAACUUGAGCACAAUAAGGAGCCCUUCUGCAAAUCAUGCUAUGGAAAACUAUUUGGACCAAAGGGUUACAGAAGCGGCGGAGCAGACCAACCAAACUCCUACAUCUAUUCCAAGUGAACAGGACAUGGACAGCCCCAGAGAAAUGGAUUUUAGCCUCACGACAUUCCUGAUCAUGUCUCCAACAAAAGACCCCUAUAUUCUCCCAACCAAAUCCAAUGUACUGUACUAUUUAUAGCAUAUUUUAUCAUAUUUUCAAAAUUGUAUAUAGUUAUUUCCUUCAUGUAUAUGAAUAUUAAGUAAUUAAUGAUCACAUGAUUCCUUUUAUUAUCUAUGCACAUGCGUACACAACACUCAUAUAUCACCAUUAUCUAUAGGCUUACUAUAAAUUUAUAUGCCUGGUUAUCUCUCCUGGGGGCCGUUUCAUAAAGCUGUUCGUAAGUUACGAAUGACUUUACGCACGACUGGUGACCAUUUCUUGUGCUAAAUGAUCUCCCUAUGUCACUCUUAACUUAAGAACAGCUUUAUGAAAUGGCCCCGGGAAGCUUUUGUAACCCUAAAGCUGUUUUUUUUUCACAUACACUGUAACUUGAUGAUUCAUAACAAACCAAAAAACAUCAUCAGGAUUUGGUGGACUACGCAAAAUCAAGAUAAAUAAUUUGAUUCAUUUGCAUGUGCCUCAUAUAAUUUGAAAUACAUAUAUGUUUAUCAUGAAUUUAAGGCAAACUCCCAAUGAAAUUGAACCAUGCUGGAUUUUUUUUAAAAACCUUUGUUUCUGAAAGAUUAUCAACACUCUGAGGGAGUUCUGGAUUUUUUUCUUUACAAAAUAUUAUUCAUUCACAAGUUUUCAAAUCUGCAUUGUGCCAUUCCAUAUAUUUCUAAACAUGCUGCAUGACUUAUUGCACCGAACUGUAUGCCAGAUAUUUACUAUCUGGUUUAUGUUGU